UGACAACCAAUACGUAGAACUCGGAGAUCUAUCACAAUAGUUCUAUUUUCUAAUUAAAUCUCUUCAUUACCAAAUUUAUUUGUACCCAUUUCUUCAAAGUUUAAAACCCCAAUUGUGAAUGCCAAAUUUAGCAAGAGAACUUCAAAAAUGGCGAUUUCUGAGACAAUUCAGAGACUUUCUUCGCUACCUAUUUCGUCAUCGUUUUUCAAUAGCAGCACCAUAAUAGCCAUUACUGUUUUCAUAGCUCUUCUCUGCACUUGCAUCGUCAUUGGACAUCUUUUGGAGGAGAAUCGGUGGGCUAAUGAAUCCAUCACUGCUCUUCUUCUGGGUUUGGCUUCUGGGUUCGUGGUACUGUUGGUGACUAAAGGGAAAAGCUCGCCCAUACUUGUGUUCAGUGAAGAGCUUUUCUUCAUUUAUUUGCUGCCCCCAAUUAUUUUCAAUGCUGGUUUUCAGGUCAAGAAAAAGCAAUUCUUUAAGAACUUCUCAAUAAUAUUUUCAUUCGGAGUAUUUGGUACGAUUAUAUCAUUUUGUCUCAUAUCAGUAGGUGCUUAUUUUCUAUUUAAGAAGAUUGGUUUGAAAACCCUGGAUAUUCAAGAUUACCUAGCCAUUGGUGCCAUAUUGUCAGCUACGGAUUCAGUGUGUACAUUGCAGGUCCUCAGUCAAGAAGAUACACCCUUCCUAUACAGUGCUGUAUUCGGAGAGGGAGUUGUAAAUGAUGCUACCUCUAUUGUGCUUUUCAAUGCGGUCCAGUCAACUGAUUUCAGCAACCUUGAACCCUUGAUUGCCUUAAAGUUGUUGGGAACUUUCCUAUACCUCUUCUUUACCAGUACUCUUCUUGGUGUUGCAGUGGGACUUUUAAGUGCUUAUGGCAUAAAGACGCUUUACUUUGGAAGACAUUCCACGGACCGUGAAGUUGCAAUCAUGAUGCUCAUGGCUUAUUUUUCCUACAUGAUUGCUGAGCUGUUGUCUCUUAGUGGGAUUUUGACAGUUUUCUUCUGUGGGAUUGUCAUGUCGCAUUACACAUGGCACAACGUUACUGAAAGCUCUCGGAUAACGACCAAGCACUCCUUUGCAACAAUUUCAUUCAUUGCGGAAACUUUUAUAUUCCUAUAUGUGGGCAUGGAUGCAUUAGACAUUGACAAAUGGAGAGCAAGCAAAGCAAGUGCAGGAACUUCGAUUGCUGUCAGCUCAACUUUGUUCGCAUUGGUGUUGGUCGGAAGGGCAGCGUUCGUGUACCCUCUUGCAAAUUUUUGUAAUUGCAUUAAACGAAGAGACAGUGACAAAAUUGAGUUUCGGCAACAGUUCAUCAUAUGGUGGGCAGGUCUAAUGAGAGGUGCAGUUACAAUUGCUUUGUCUUACAACCAGUUUUCAGCAACUGAGGAGACAGUAACACAAGAGGGUUCACUGAUGAUCACCAGUAUCAUUCUCGUCGUUCUCUUCAGCACAGUGGUGUUUGGUUCAAUAACAAAGCCUCUGAUUGAAACAGUGCUGUUACGACACGCGAAACCAUUAGUUUCUGACGCCACUGAUUUUGCAAGCCUAGAAGACUUGAGACUACCCUUCUUUGAAGGUGAAGAGCCAAAUACUAGCGGUGACAAUCAACCAGGCCUCAAGAGAAGUAGCUUAAGGUUGCUGAUGACACACACAACUUCCACAGUUCACUACUUUUGGAGGAAAUUCGAUGAUAGAUUUAUGAGGCCGGUUUUUGGUGGACGGGGAUUCGUUCCAUUUGUUCCUGGUUCACCAACUGGUGCAGCAGAUGAGAUUCCCUGAAUCCAGAGUUCAACCAUUUGUUUUUAUCCCUUUUUUUUUAGCUAAAAGAAAGCAAGAAAUGUUGCCGUGUAAAGUAAAGGCCAUUAGAUCAUUUGAACACUCUAAAUAUGUUUUUUGUAGAUUAUGCUGGAAUAAAUGUUCAUGUUAUCAAUUUCCGGGGAAAAAAAAUGUUCAUGUUAUCAUUUUCCGGGAAAAAAUAGUUUGUUCAUGUUAUCAAUUAAUAGUGCAAAUUAAUCGAAAUUUCUUUUGUUGUGCGAUUUA